AUGGUGGGAUCAGUGGAUCCCGCGCGUGUCCUCCUUGAGCGUCGCGAACGUCUGGAACCUGGCGGCGAACGACGGCGACGCCGCCGUCGCGGCGAGGACGACGAGGAAGACGACGGACUGCGCCGUCGUCGGCGAGCUCGGCGGCCGCGCGCGCGGCGGCGUCCCGAUUUCCUUUCGCGCCAAGGCGCGUUCUAUACACUGGUCCCCAUACGACCGCGUCGGCGUGGUGAACGCCGUUUCUUAAGGACUUCGCCCGGCGUUUCUCUCCGCCUAGGGUCCCUCGCUUUCAAUCCCCGCCCUCGGCGCCUUUCAACUCCACCUGACGCCUUUGACCUCCACCCCGACAUCGCUUCGUAUGGAACGGCCCUCAAGCUCUCCGCCGACCGCGACGCGAACGGGCGGCCGCUCAGAAGAUUCCUAACGUUCGAGAACAGAGCGACCGACGCGCUUUCGGACGGGCGCGGGGUGGCGCACGUCCGGCACCGCCUGACGACGGACUUCGUGCGCGAUAAUCGUUUGCGGUCUUUCCUCAGCGCGCCGUUCUUUUCGUUCGGCGAGGUGGAGGUGGUCGCGGAGUCGACGGUGCCGCAGGAUUUGCUCUGGAGGAUGACGCGCGCGUGGAGAGAUCGAAACGACGCGCGGGUCGACGUUCUUCCCACCGCGUCCGCGCCACGACGGCGUUGGAGCGGCGGCGAGCCGAAGACGUGCGUGGGGAUAUCGUUCAGCAGCGAGAGGGGGCGGAGCGUCGGGAUCGGCGGCGACGUCGACGUCGGGGACCCGUCGCGGCGGCGGCGGUACGUCGUGGAUGCGAAAAUUUCAGGCGCGCGCGCUGAACGAGGUCGGGGCUUCGCGGGCCCUCAGGGCGCGUUCGCGCGACUGACGCGGCGCGGCGCGGGGGUGUCGUGGGCGUUGACGUGCGGCGGCGACGCGGACCUCGGCGUCGAGUGGGGUCUGGACGUGAAGCGGCGGUGGAGGAGGAAAGACGGCGACGGCGACGGCGACGGCGGCGGCGACGGCGACGGCGGCGGCGACGGCGACGGAGACGGCGGCGGCGGAAAAGAAAAGGAAACGCCGUUCGUUUCGAUCUCGCUGCGGACGUCCUCGCGCGGCGGGCUCGAGAAAACGAAAGUGUACGUCCAACGCGGCGUCGAGUGACGCGCGCUUCACGUGUACCUUCGUAGGUAGAACUACUAGAAUGAAUAGGCAACUUAUGGUACACGUACA